UUUGCUGCAACAACAGCAACACUCUUGGGAAUUGGGGAUUUUGUGCGAUGUGAUUUAAGGAUUCUCCAAACUUUUCAAUAUUUCAGAAUUGCCGAACGAAAAGUUAGGACACAAUGGGGAAAGUGUUACUAGUGAUUCCAUACAUAGUUAGCUCGUGCUAAAAUCCGAUAAUCCUCUGGCCACAGGCAUCCCUUUGCCGCUUUACAUUUUUCGGGAAUGUAAAAAUCAAUCCUGGAUCAUCGAACCUGCCGAUCGAGCAACUUUACAGGGAUUGUUACAACAGAAAAAUAGCGCUGAUUGUUGUUUUUUUAUGAUCCGAGAGCACUCAAAACCAGUUUUGAUAGUCAACGCACCUAGAUUAACCAAAGACCGGAAGCAGAAAUUUUAUCAUCUCAAGCACCGACCACUCGACUGAAUAUGUCGUCGGCCGAAGCAGAUGAUACGGAUGAAGAGCAGCAGCAAAUGAUGGAUCCGUUUUCGCAGCUAGAGGAGGAUCUGCGAAACAUUAAGUCCGUAAUUCAUGUAACUCGCGAGAACAUCGAUGCAUUAAACGCGAAGUUUGCUGACUUUCAGCAACCGCCUGCUCUGUAUUUAGAGGAAUAUCAAGAGCUAACUUCGAAGCUUCAUGAUCUGGAAAUCAAAGAGCAGGCAUUAAUUGACAGAAAGAUGCAGCUUCUGCAUGAGCAGCUUAGCGAAACCAUCGAACCACCGGAUCCGGAUGAACGUGUUGAAAGCAUUUACGGCACUUUGGGCCGACAGUCAUCGAAAAUGCUGCUUAGAGCCUUUCUCCCCAACCAGCAACGUACUUCGGUUCAAGUGAUACCCGGAAUGCGUCUAAAAGAUGCUUUAGCUAAGGCACUGAAACGCCGUAAUUUAACCUGUGAGUUCUGCGAGGUAACCGCAGGAAAUAGCGAUUAUCCGAUUCCUUGGGAAACGGACGUCAGUGCGUUAAAUUGCGACGAGGUGUUCGUGCGAAUCCUAGAUAUAGGAUUUCCUACUUACAUAUCACACCAGUUUAUUCGCAAAACGUUCUUUUCACUAGCAUUCUGUGAGUGCUGUAGGCGUCUGUUGUUUACUGGGUUCUACUGUAACCAGUGUAACUAUCGUUUCCAUCAACGAUGUGUCGACAAAGUACCGCCAAUAUGUAGCAAAAGGCACAUGGAUAGUACGUUUUAUCACGUACUCUUGGCGAACCCGGAAAGUACAGCUGGCAUCAUCAAUCCAGGGGCCGGCCGGGGAUACAGCACGAGCUUACGCCAUCCGCGUUCCCUUAAUCAACAAGAUCGUUCCAACUCGGCCCCUAAUGUUUGCAUUAAUAACGUUAUAAAACCAUUUUUUGGAAUGGACAGUCGCAAUCUUAUCAGCAAUCGACCGUUGCAGGCUCAAACGAAUCAAGAGCAUUCCCAUUCCACCCAAGCAUCUCCGACGAAUACGCUUAAUCACAAUAAGCGACCCAGGGCACGAUCAGCCGAUGAAAGCAAUAAAAAUCUGCUCUCGCCACGGGAUCCAAAACAAUCGGAUGAAAAUUGGAAUAUUCAAGCAGAAGAGAUUUUGAUUGGCCAACGAAUCGGUUCUGGUUCGUUCGGAACAGUGUAUAAGGCUCACUGGCAUGGUCCGGUGGCGGUAAAAACGUUAAAUGUGAAAACACCAAGCGCCGCACAGUUACAAGCAUUUAAAAAUGAAGUAGCGAUGCUUAAAAAAACCCGUCACUGUAAUAUACUCCUGUUCAUGGGAUGCGUCAGCAAACCUUCUUUGGCAAUCGUGACACAGUGGUGUGAGGGGAGCAGCCUUUACAAACACAUCCAUGUGAACGAGACGAAGUUUAAACUAAAUACAUUAAUCGACAUCGCACGUCAAGCAGCUCAGGGUAUGGACUAUCUGCACGCCAAGAACAUCAUACACCGAGAUCUCAAAUCGAACAAUAUCUUCCUGCACGAUGAUUUUUCUGUAAAAAUUGGUGAUUUCGGACUAGCUACCGCCAAGGUGCGGUGGUCUGGUUCACAGCAAUCGAAUCAACCCACCGGCAGUAUCCUAUGGAUGGCCCCAGAAGUCAUCAGAAUGAAGAAUCUUAAUCCCUAUUCUUUCCAAAGUGACGUGUAUGCAUUCGGCAUUGUUUUGUACGAGAUGCUAACCGAACAGCUACCGUACAAUCACAUCAAUAACAAGGAUCAGAUUCUGUUCAUGGUUGGUUGUGGGAAACUACGGCCGGAUCUGACGAAGGUGCGUUCGGAUUGCCCACAGGCUUUGAAACGAUGCGUUGAGGAUUGUAUUAAGUUUAAUCGUGAUGAGCGUCCCUUAUUCCGUCUUCUGCUAAACAUGUUAGAAAAUAUGCUUCGAACUAUGCCCAAGUUUCAUCGUAGUGCGAGCGAACCGAACUUUACCCAAACACAGUUGCAAAAUGACGAUUUUUUGUACAUGUGUUCUAGCCCAAAAACGCCUGUAAAUUUUCAUAACUUUCAGUUUUAUAACGGUGCGGGCAAUUAUUAACUACUGUGUACUAGUUCUAAGACGUUAGCAGAAACAAUGGUUCGGAUGUUGAUUAUGGAGCUAUAAUGUGGCAACCCAAGGAUUCGAUCGAAAUGAUUGAUAAAUCUUCAAUGCGUCAAAGCGUCAAAUUAUUCGAUAUCCUCGUUCCAAAACUCGCCCAAAAACCUCCACUUAGAUAAAAUUAAACAUAGAUAAAUUUUAAUGUAGAUUGAAAGGUAUCCCUAUAAAAUCACAUCGACUCAUAAAUAUGUUAGUGAAAAGCAUUUAUGAAAUCCUAUGUUGAGUGAACAAAACCCUUACAAAUCCCUUAGGUGAACGGCUGUUACCUGAUGUUCGUCGUGAUCCUUCGAAGUGAUCCACAAUUAUUCAAUCUUUUUGGUUUAUGUUUUAUAAGAAGACCGAACAUAAUAUGAUACAUACUUUUGUAAAAAUGGUAUAAGGAAAUAACUUUGUAAUGCUAUGCAAUUCGUAUGAGAAUAGUGCUUAAUGGAGUUACAUGAGAUAUUUUUGCUCCGUUCUGAACUCUGGUUAAGAUAUUUAAAGCUUAUGGCUGCUCCACCUGUAGCAGCACUACUGGUUACUCAUAACAAAAUUAAGUUAAUCAAAAUAAGCGCGUGCAAAAUGUAAAUAUACAGUCAGGAUACUUGUCGAGUGUUUCUUUUUUAAUGUAUGUAAGUACCAUACUGUUCGUUGGAGUAAAAUAGUUGUAUCAAGCGAAGCCUAAUCACUAGAAUCUCUAAAGGAGUAAUAAAGAAAUCACCACCGUAGAUUCUUACAAUCGCGGGUUGAUCCCUUACGGUGACGUGCAAUAUUUGUGGCCAAUCUUCUCGGUAAUUUUGAAUCAUUUCGUGUAUUUUCAACAAUUUGAAAACACAUUACAGACCCGGAUAGCGCUAAACUAUUCAAAGAAACCUAGAAUAUCCAGUAAUAAAAUUGGCCGUGUGUAGUCCGCUCAAUGAAUAGCGUUAACUCUGCAAAACAACAUAGGCUUGCUAUUGACCGGACUGACAUAAGAAAAUGAGGACACACAUCAAGAGGUAAAGGUAAUCGUGCAGUGGAAAUAAACCUAUUAUCCAAUUUAUGUGAUUGAAAUAGAAUCAGGUUGGUGAAUGUAGUUUUCUCAGACGAUAGGUUUAUCUUAAAGCAAAGCAUAGACGGCUAAAAUCAAAUAAAAAUAAACAAAUUUAAACGUA